AUGGCUGCGGAGGCUGCACAGUCUGGAGUGGAGCUCCCUGCUGCUGUGGGCUGCGCGAUGGGGAAUUCCGCGGAAAGCGUACUGGCCCCUGCUCCACUCCUUGUUCCGUCUGCUGCGGCGCCCUCUCCUGUGAUCGAGCUCUCCGCUGAUGUUGGCGGAGUGGUUCAGCCUGCGUGCGGAGACCCUGCUCGCCCGCCGCCGUCUGCUCCCCUUCCGACUGCCGCGGUACUGGUCGGUGCGUCACCUCCUGCUCCGGCGCAGGCGUCGCAACCGCCUGUCCAGGCUGCCGUCGCGGGGUCAGCACAGGCGACCGCGGUGGGCGCUGGCUCUGACCCGGUCCGCCUCGCGUCUCCCGAGUCCGCGCCGCCCCCGCAGGCGGCGCCUCCCUCCGUGCGGCUGGGCCAGCAGGCGGGUUCCGCAAAUCAUGCUAAUGCGAGGGGCAAUGCGACGUCUCAUCGGGGGCGUGGUUCUCUGCGUCACCGCCCCUCACCCUCGUACCGUUCCGCGCAUCGUGGCGGCCGCGGUGGCUGGCGGGGAGGUCCCGGUCGCGGCCUUGAUAGCGCGGCGGAGGUGCAGCAGCUGCACGCAGAUCUGCCGUGGAUGUUUGCGGCCGCCAUGCACUCCGCGCAGAUGGGAUCGUCGAACCCGAUGGGCUCGCAGGCGCCGAUGGCAGCUGCCAGUGUCCCCGCGCCUGUUGUCGAGCGGGCUCCCGCGGCUCCUCCCGCUGCUCUGCCCGCGUUUGCGCCUGCGUUCAAGAGGAUGGCCGUGCAUCCGUAUCCUGUGCUCCCGUGGGUCCCUCCCGUUGUUGGUAUGGAAUUUGUGGGGGCGGGAGGAGGAGCGGGGAGGGCGCCGUUUGUUCCCUCGCGCCGUAUUGCUGACUUUGCUCCCGCUGAUCCCGCUCCCCGUUGUAAUCUGGCCGAGGGGACCUUCCCCCGGCAGCUUGCCGCGCUUGUGGUGCCCUUGUUGGCAGCGCCCGCGCGGGGAGGCGCAGCGGUUGGGCAGAUGGACGAAGCAGUCCGGGUUCUGAGAGGGCACCUGCGGGCCGGGCACGGAGCCGAAGUGAUCGGCGCAAGCAUAAUGGUGCUCCGCCCCCUGUGGAGGACCCUGACAGGGAUCCUUGCCGCCCUAAAGGCGGACCAGAUGUAG